AUGGCGGAACCGCGCAGAGUAGCGUUCAUUAGCUUGUCACCGGUGAGGCGGCGCGAGGCCGAGUACCCGGGAGCUGAGCGCGAGCCCGAGUACCCCCGCGACCCCCCCCGGCUGGAGCCGCAGCCGUACCGCGAGCCGGCCCGGGCGGAGCCGCCGGCCCCGCGGGAUCCAGCCUCCCGCUCGGACGCGCAGCCCCCGCCGCGGGAGAAGCCGCUCCCCCAGCGCGAGCCGCCGCGGCCGCCGAGGGAGACGGUGCGCCUGGAGCUGGUGCUCAAGGACCCCACUGACGAAAGCUGCGUGGAGUUCAGUUACCCGGAGCUGCUGCUGUGCGGAGAACAACGGGGUGGGAAACCCCGUAAACACCGGAAGGAUCGGCUACAAGAUUUAAUUGAUAUAGGCUUUGGCUAUGAUGAGACAGAUCCAUUUAUUGAUAACUCAGAGGCUUAUGAUGAAUUAGUUCCUGCUUCUCUGACAACAAAAUAUGGAGGCUUUUAUAUCAACACUGGCACUCUACAGUUUCGCCAAGCUUCAGAUACUGAAGAAGAAGAAAUUACAGACAACCAAAAGCACAAACCGCCCAAAGUUCCCAAAAUAAAAGAAGAUGAUAUUGAGAUGAAGAAGAGGAAGCGGAAAGAGGAAGGAGAAAAGGAGAAGAAGCCAAGGAAAAAAGUACCCAAACAACUGGGAGUUGUGGCUCUAAAUUCACACAAAUCUGAAAAAAAGAAGAAACGUUAUAAAGAUUCUCUUAUAGCUGCCAUGAUACGAAAAUUUCAGAAAGAGAAGGAUGUGUUAAAGAAGGAAUCUAACCCUAAAAUCCCAGUGACCUUAUCGACCUCCUCUCUGAAUAAGCCCCCCUGUGCUGCUGCAGCACUGGGGAAUGACGUCCCGGACCUAAAUCUUAACAGCGCUGAUCCAGACCUUCCCAUUUUUGUUAGCACAAAUGAACAUGAACUGUUUCAGGAAGCUGAAAAUGCCCUAGAGAUGCUAGAUGAUUUCGACUUGGACAGAUUACUGGAAGCUGCUUCUGAUGGUAGCCCCCUAUCUGAAUCAGGGGGAGAAAAUGGAAACACCACCCAGCCAACCUACACCUCUCAGGUUAUGCCCAAGGUGGUACCUACACUCCCAGAGGGUCUACCUGUACUUCUUGAGAAACGUAUCGAAGACCUCCGUGUA